AUGACGGUGAGGUUCCGGAAAGCAACUAAGUUCGUUGACGAAGUUGCUAGCGAAUUUGAAGGACCUUUUGAGCCGGAAAAAAACUGCUGUUUGUCUAAGACUGGAAGGCAACCGAAUGUCUCUAGCGAAGGUGAUGUUGGACAUUCUUUUGGUCCAAGUGAAGAAGCAUCGGAGGAAGAGGUGGAUGCAGGUCACGAUGAGAGUGACAGUGAUGCUGCUUUAGAUCGUGAAACCUAUCACAGUUAUAGCUUAUGGAAUUAUUUUUGGUCGGAACUCACAAGGUUUUUUGCAGUUUUUCACUAUUCAAGUUUCAAAAAAGUUCUUUUGUUUGUUAAUCUUUUAGCACUUUUUAGAGGAUACUCGUUACAAAAUGAUGUUUCACGAUACACAGAGAAAAGGAGGAAGGUCUAUGCGUUUAUCCGUAUUCCAGUAGAGCUGGAAAAGUUUUUGUUUUAUGGCUUUAUGCAAUGUGUAGAUGCAUUUUGUUACCUACCAACAUUUUUGCCACUCCGGCUAUGUAUGUCUAUUCUGGGUUGGAUUCUUAGACUUCGGAGGUGGACAUCUUCAGACACUUGUGAUUUUCUAAAAGCUUCAAUUAUUAUAGUGGCAUCUUUGAUCAUGCAAGUUAUUGAUACUUCAGUGAUGUAUCAUCAGGUUCGAGGGCAAGGGGUGAUAAAAUUGUACAUAUUUUAUAACAUGCUCGAAGUGGCUGAUAAAUUAUUUAGUAGUUUUGGCCAGGAUAUCUUUGAUGCCCUCUUUUGGACUGCAAGUGAACGUUCUGCAACUUUGUUACGUACUCUUGGCCACCUUUUCCCUGCAAUUGUUUACGCAACGUUCCAUACAGUACUGGUUUUGCUUCAAACGACUACAUUAAACGUUGCUUUUAACUCACAUAAUCAAGCUCUUAUCGCUAUAAUGAUGUCUAAUAAUUUUGUCGAAUUGAAGGGGUCGGUUUUCAAGAAGUUUGGUAAACCUAAUUUAUUCCAAAUGGCUUGCAGUGAUGUUCGCGAACGUUUUCAUAUAAUGAUUAUACUGUCGAUGGUUGUAGUAAGAAAUAUGAUGGCUGUUAACUGGAAAAUUGAACAUUUGGUUGAAAUGGCACCAGAUUUGGUUGCUUUUAAUAUUGAAUUUACUUUGGUUCUGGCGAUGGUAGUAAUUGUUGAGUUCAUAGUUGAUUGGCUAAAGCAUGCUUUUAUAACAAAGUUUAAUGGUAUUCCGUCGGAAGUUUAUAAAGAUUUUACGAUCACAAUAGCUUACGAUGUUGUACGUAAUCAUGACGAAACUGCAUUUUCCGAUUAUUCUGACCAAGUCUCGAGAAGAAUGGGUUUCAUUCCAAUUCCUCUGACUAUCAUGGUCAUCCGUGUGUUAACUCAAACAUUUGACUUCACCACUACAUCAGCAUUUAUAUUAUUGGUUUUAUCUUGGUUCCUUGUCUUAUCCAUAAAAAUGUUGAAUGGUGUGAUUCUUUUGGGCAAGGCGUGUGAGUAUGUUACUGCUUAUCGGGAACUUCAGGCAAGGGCAGAAUAUGAGAUUUACCGUAACAGGCUUCUUCUGAAGAAAAGCAAAAGUGAACCAAAUUCACCUCGAAUAAGUUUGGUUGACUUCACAGAUGUUUGGCAACAGUCUACAGCUCAUGCUGCUUCGAAAGGAUUUACAGUAUCAGAUUUGCUUUCACACUGGGACGAACUCUGCAAAUUGGAAGAAACUUCAGCUCCAGAAACGCUCGCUCCCAGAAGGACAAAGUCAUUUGCAAUGAUCAGCCGUCCUCACCGAGAUACUUCGCUGCCUCCCUCAUCGGGAACACAAGAGAAUGAUGACCGGGAAGAAAGAGUAGAACAUUCUGAAAAUAAAUCCACGCAGAAAAGACGCAUGCAUUCCACAGAAUGUGAAAGCCUCUCUGAUGUUCAAGCUUAUACUCUGCUCAUCACAUCUCCUGAAGACCCAGACCGCAUUGAAGCUUGA